CACUGGAGGCCAAAUCCGUCCAUGUGAAGGACCUAUGAAGAUGGAGCGGUCCACUGGAGGCCAAAUCCGUCCAUGUGAAGGACCAAUGAAGAUGGAGCGGUCCACUGGAGGCCAAAUCCGUCCAUGUGAGGGACCCCUUAAGCUGGAAUGCACCUCUUAAAGCUAGAUCCGUCCCUGGCUCGCUUAAGAGGACCGCCGCUGGAGUGGCUAUGGGAAGGACCGCCGGAGAGGUCCGCAAAAGAGGACCGCGGGAGAGGACCGUUGGAGAGGACUGCGGGAGAGGACCGCGGGAGAGGAUCGCGAAAGAGGACUAUCGGGGAUGACCGGAUCGGCGGAGAGGACCGCCAGAGGAAGUGGGAGCUCGUCGGAGGGCCGCCGCCGCUGGAUCGAUGCUAGAGUGGCUAUGGUUCUCCGCUUGGUCCCGCCGGAGGUGAAGCACGCUAGAGGGCUCGCCGAUCUGGGAGGAUGCUCACCAACCCUGGUGGAGGGUACUACCGGCGGCCCUGUUUCUUGCUCACUGCUCGCCGGAAAGAUCCCCGCAGUCCGCGGCUCGCCGGCGGUCCGGACUAUAGCUCGCUGCCACUGCCUAUGGCUCGCCGAAGGAAGUGGGAGCUCGUCGGGGAGGACCGCCUGCUGUAUCCCGCCGGAGGUGAGGCGCGCUGGAGGGCUUGCUGGAGGGCUUGCUGGAGAGGACCAGGAGUGGCUCGCCGGAGAAGAGAGGAGUUCACCGGAGGCUCGCGGCUGCUGUCCGUGGCUCGCCGGAGGAAGGGGGAGCUCGUCGGGGAGGACCGCCUGCUGUAUCCCACCGGAGGUGAGGCGCGCUAGAGGACUCGCUGGAGAAGACCGGUAGUGGCUCGCCGGAGAAGAGAGGAGUUCAUCGGAGGCCGGCCACUGCCGUCCGUGGCUCGCCCAAGGCCUGGCAGAACUUGCCGCUGUUCGACGGAGGAGAAAGGCCGCUGGAUUUUAUCUCUGGAAAGCCACCAAAGCAGGAAACCCCUUUUCUCUUUUUUUAUUGACUUUUAACUCUCUUCCACUCCCUCUCUCUCUUUUCGUUCUCAUCCCCUUUUUUGCUCUUUAUUUUACCUUCUCUUCCACUUUUUUCCUCCAUUACAGACCCGGAGUACAAAAGGUUUUUGUGACCGGUCCCACGUUCGGCGCCAGUGAUGGAAACCGCUUUUUCGGGGCGUCGACCCGACCAAAUCGGUACCGGGUCGGCACCGCACCGAAUAGCGAAAUCCGAAAAUUAAAUAAAUAAAUAAAGCGGAGAGAAAGUAUUUAUACGUGGAAACCCAAAUAGGGAGAAAACCACGGGCCUUUUUAGGCGGUGCCAUGCCAAAGGGGAGGAACUUUUGUUAAUCUCAGGGGAAUUUACAUAUACAUCAUUGUAUGAGCUUGGAGCCAUUAAUAGAGCUCCAAGCUUAAA